CAUUCUUAGUAAACAAAAAUUGAACAUCGAAACGCUGCAAUACAGUGAAGGAUUAGAUUCAUAUUUGAUUUGAAAACAAUACCGUUAUUUGUUCGUUGACAACUUAAUUCGAUUGAUCAUGACUGUCGAGUCAUCAUUGUUGGAACCAAAUUUAUAUUCGGUUAAAGGAAUCGCUAUACUUGACAAUGAUGGCAAUCGAAUUUUUGCCAAAUAUUAUGGCGAAACAUUUAGCUCGGUCAAAGAUCAAAAAGCGUUUGAGAGAAAUUUAUUCAAUAAAACACAUCGAGCCAAUGGAGAAGUGAUCAUGUUGGAUGGUUUUACUUGUAUAUAUCGCAAUUCGGUCGAUCUCUUUUUCUACAUCAUGGGCAAUUCUAAUGAGAAUGGGUUGAUUUUGAAUAAUAUCAUGAAUUGUUUAUUCGAAUCAUUAUCGCAUAUAUUGAAGAAAAAUGUCGAAAAGAAAACGUUGCUUGAAAAUUUUGACAUGGUCAUUUUAGCAUUGGAUGAAAUUUGUGAUGGAGGAAUCUAUCUGGAAUCUGAUCCAGUGUCCGUUGUUCAAAAAGUUACAUCCAAUAGAAUUGAUGAUUUACCGUUCAAUGAACAAACUGUUGCUCAAGUGUUUCAAUCAGCGCGUGAACAGAUAAAAUGGUCAUUACUACGAUAAUUUGCAAAAUAAAAACAAUGAUUUAAU